AACCUCUCAGUCGAAGCAAAGAAAAAAGAAAAGGAGAAAAAAAAAAAAACUACUCAGGGGAAGGAGAAAAGGGCUCUUUUCUCGAACUUCGCCCUGCGACGAUCUCAAUCCAGUUCUCCUCGAAGAAAAGCUCCCGUUUUGCGUUCUUCCUCUUCAUUCUUAGUUCUAUAGUUUCUUUGUUUGCUAAUUGUUCGGGUCUCUAACGUUUUCUUUGGUGCAGGGUUUCUCUUUAUCUUAGUUUUAAUUUGUGUUAUUAUUUGUUUAUUUUUGUGUUCUAGUCCUUGUUUUCUUGUACCUUUUUCUUCUUUUUUUUUUUGUCUGUUAACCAUGGAUGCAGGAAGUUUCUCUUCUUCGAUCUCUUCCGAGAAGACCCGGCCUGCAUCCCGCCAUCCUCUUCAAGAAGUAGGUUCAAGGCCUUACAUGCCUUCGCUCCGCUCCUCAUCGAAAGAUCUUUCUUCCCGGCAGAGUGGAGGAGAUAGAUUCAUUCCGGACCGGUCUGCUAUGGAUUUUGACAUGGCCUACUACCUGCUAACAGAGCCAAGGAAAGAGAAGGAGAACACUGCAGCUGCAUCCCCAUCCAAAGAGACAUACAGAAGGCUUCUUGCUGAGAAUCUUCUCAAUAAUAGAACUCGAAUCCUUGCCUUCAAGAGUAAGCCUCCGGCACCUGCCGAAGGUGUCCUCCAAGAAGCCUAUUCCAAUGCUUCCUCCCAUCAGGCCAAGUUGGCAAAGCCACGGAGAUACAUUCCCCAGUCUGCUGAGAGAACUCUAGAUGCACCGGACCUUGUUGAUGACUACUAUCUGAAUCUGCUGGAUUGGGGAAGCAGCAAUGUUCUGUCGAUCGCCCUCGGGAACACGGUGUAUCUUUGGGAUGCUUCGGAUGGUUCUACAUCUGAGCUUGUGACCGUGGAUGAAGAUGUUGGUCCUGUCACCAGUGUAAGUUGGGCUCCUGAUGGACGGCAUAUUGCUGUUGGUUUGAACUCCUCUGACAUCCAAUUGUGGGACUCGAGUUCCAACCGCCUGCUGAGAACUUUGAGAGGAGUCCAUGGAUCUCGAGUCGGAUCUCUUGCUUGGAACAACAACAUACUCACAACAGGGGGGAUGGAUGGAAAGAUCGUCAAUAAUGAUGUGAGAGUAAGGUCUCACAUGGUGCAGACCUACCGCGGACACCAGCAAGAGGUCUGUGGGUUGAAGUGGUCAGGCUCAGGACAGCAACUGGCAAGCGGAGGCAAUGACAACCUGCUUCACAUUUGGGACAUAUCGAUGGCAUCUUCAAAUCCAUCUCCAGGCCAGAAUCAGUGGCUCCACAGGUUCGAGGACCACAUGGCUGCGGUUAAGGCCCUUGCUUGGUGUCCCUUCCAGAGUAACUUGCUCGCAUCCGGUGGUGGCGGCGGCGAUCGGUGCAUCAAGUUUUGGAACACCCAUACAGGCGCUUGCUUGAAUUCAGUGGACACUGGCUCCCAAGUGUGCUCCCUGUUGUGGAAUAAGAACGAGCGUGAAUUGCUUAGCUCUCAUGGCUUUACUCAGAACCAACUGACUCUCUGGAAGUACCCUUCGAUGGUGAAGAUUGCGGAGCUUACAGGCCAUACCUCUCGGGUUCUCUUCAUGGCUCAGAGUCCAGAUGGGUGCACGGUGGCAUCUGCAGCUGGGGAUGAAACGCUGAGAUUUUGGAAUGUAUUUGGAACUCCUGAAGCACCAAAGCCUGCUGCCAAGACAGCUAGUACAGGACCCUUCACCAGUUUUAAUCACAUUAGGUGAGGAAUGAGGUGGAGAGAGGUGUGGUGGUGUGUGGGAAGUGAUGUGUCGUCAUCUGAUCCUUGAAAGCAUGGUAUGAUGGGAAGAAUUGGCAUGGAAGACCUGGUAGCCUGACGCAAGAUCAUAUUACUGGCAGACCAAUUGCUCUAAAAGAAAGAUUAGGCACAAUUAAAAUCUCCUAUGGGAAGGCAUCACACAUUGGUUGGGAUCUUCUAGUGUCUUGUGGUAAGAAGGUGAUUUUUGGGUUCAGCAAGAGUUGGUGGUGUGGAAACAUUGUAAAAGGAUCUAUAUAAGGGAUCCCAACAAAAACCAAAAUGGUUCAUUGCUUGUAUUAUAAACUCUUAUAUAAUGGAAUUUCUCUCCCAUGCUCCCCGUGGAUGUAGGCAUAUCGCCGAACCACGUAAA